AUGCCGUACGAGAGCACCGACGGCGGCACCGACAAUCCGGCCUUCACCCACGACGAGGAUAACUCUAGCGCCGGGCGCGGCUCCGAGAGUGCAGCCUGCAAUUCUUCGGGAGACGAGAAGGUCGCGAACGAGAAUGGCAAUCACUCGUUCGUGUCGAAGCACUACGUCGAGCCACGUAAAAGCCCCGAAGCACAUUUCAAAACGGAGACCAGGAUCGAGGUGCCAGACGAGACCACCGAUCUUGAAAAGCCAAAACAGAAUGGUCAUCAAAACGGCAAUGGCAACAAUAACGAUGUCAGUUUUCUCAAUACAACGGUGACCAGCGUUUCAAACAACGAUGUUAACGACAAGAAAGAGCCGAUUGAAGCCGUUAAUCUCGAGCUUGUAUCCAUGAAACCGUACUCCGGCUCCAACGCUCAUCAAACCAAGAAUCAGGAGGCUUGCGAGGUGCCGGCCGAUCCUUAUGAAGAGUACUUUGUGCCGGUCAAUGAACACAGGAAAUUCAUGAGCAGAAGCCCCAUCAGAGAGGUUGAAACCACCGUAGCAGGAGUCCGAUUUGAUUUGGGUCCGGGUGUCGGCCGUGAGGGACUCAGCCUGAGAGACCCGGCCGCCGGACUGGUUGACUAUUCCCACUGGCUGACAGCCCUCAGAGGAGAGAAGCUGUAUGUCACAAAGGAUAAGAGGUCUACUAAAUCAUACUGGAGGAAGAUAGUUUGUUGGGGUUGCGGCUUUCUUAUUGUAGCAAUAAUUGCUAUCAUCGCCAUAUUAGCCGGGACUGGGGUCAUAUUGAUGCAAGAUGAUACACAUCCACUAUUGAACAGUGACAAAACAAGUUCCAGGCAAUUUAAUGAUGUACAUUCUGCAGGAAGUCAAGAGUACAUAAAGAAUCCUCCGUCGAGUCCUCCACCUGCAACGUCAACUUUCCCACCAUGGCCUACGACAGAUGAAUCACUUUAUCGAUAUGUUCCUAAAGCACUGGAUGGCGUUCUGAAGUUAGAUGAUUUAGACUGGAAUAACGAUAUGAAUAAUCCUAAGUCAAGAGUAUACAGGGAGGUUGUUGAUGAUUUAGAAAGGAAUUUAGUUAAAAUGUUAAGUUUGAACGACGUUAUGCCUAUAGUUAAAGUCCACUCGAUAUCCAAAGAUGGAGAAGUCAAAUUCAGAGUUAGUCAACCUGUAUUUGAAAAGCUACAAGACAACCAAAAUCACUUGGAAGACAAAUUCCGACAGAACGGUAGUGCCAUAGGCAAAUAUCACGUGAACCAUCUACAAAUACAUUCGUUAGUUAAUGAUUGCUACUCUGGAAAUAUGAAGUGUAAUGAUAGUUGUGUUUAUGACUAUCUUGAAACUAUUUUUAUAUGCAUGUGUCCUACUGGGCAAUCUUUCGAUUCCAAUAAUAAAAAAUGCAUUGACAAUAUCGAAUCAACACAUACGCAUUUUACAAAAGCUGAAUCUGAAGAUAUUCGAGGCAGAAGCAGAAUACCUGAUGACGUGUAUCAUCCAGAAUCACACGACUGGAAGGAUUCAAAUUUUGUUUCACUAGAACGUCAGCAUGAACAUACUUCAUCAGAACCAACAAAACGUCCCGAGCCAUCCUCUGAACCACAACCAGUAGCCGAACCCAAAGCUGAGCCUGAACCAAUUGCAGAGCCGAAAACUGAAUCAGAAACCUUCAGCAAAGUGCAGCCAGUUUCUGAGCCUAACAGUGAGUCAGUAUCAUCUGGCGAGCCACAACCGGCUGCAGAACCUAAAACUGAGCCAGAACCAUCUGGAGAACCACAAUCGGAUGCUGAACCUAAAAGUGAGCCGGAACCAGUCAGCGAACCGCACCAAGCUGUUGAGCCGCAAAGUGAGCCAGAACCAACCAGCGAACCGCAGCCAGCUGCUGAACCUAAGAGUGAGCCCGAACCAUCUGGCGAACCACAAUCGGAUGCUGAACCUAAAAGUGAGCCGGAACCAGUUAGCGAACCGCAGCCAGCUGUUGAGCCAGAACCAAUCAGCGAAUCACAGCCAGCUGCUGAACCUAAGAUUGAGCCGGAACCAUCUGGCGAACCACAGUCAGCAACUAAAUCUAAAAGUGAACCAGAACCAACCGGCGAACCGCAGCCAGCUGCUGAAUCUAAGAUUGAGCCGGAACCAUCUGGCGAACCACAAUCGGAUGCUGAACCUAAAAGUGAGCCGGAACCAGUUAGCGAACCGCAGCCAGCUGCUGAGCCAAAAAGCGAGCCAGAACCAACCAGCGAACCGCAGCCAGCUGCUGAACCUAAGAGUGAGCCGAAGCCUUCCAGCGAACCGCAGCUAGUUGUUGAAUCUAACAGUAAGCUCAAACCACCUAGCGAAUUAAAACCUUCUGCUGGAAGUGAACCGGAACCAAUCAGCGAACCAAAGCCAGAAACCGAGCCUACGACGUUAUCAGAAACAGCAGCAGAACCUAAAAGUGAACCGGAACCAACCAGCGAAUCACAGCCAGCUGUUGAACCUACGCCGUCAAAAAAGCCUAUAGUUGAGCCUGAGAGUGAACCGGAACCAGCCAGUGAACCACAGCCAGCAGCGGAGCCUAUCACGCCAAUCGAGCUAAUGGCAGAAACGAAGAGUAAGCUAGAGCCAGCUAGUGACAUUAAGAACAAAUCGGAACCAUCUGGCGAACCGCAGCCAAUUGCUGAACAUACGGCCUCAACGGAGCCUUUAACAGAACUCAAUAGUGAACUAGAUUUAAAAAGUGUUUUAAAAAACGAGCCAGAAUCGUCUAGCGAGCCAAUUCCAUUUACAAAUAAAUCCGUCAUGUCUAGUAGCAUGCCUUCUGCAGUCACUGAUCCCGCUAUUUUACUGUCAACUGGAGGUACAUUUGAAAAUACAUCACAAUUUUCAGCUACUUCGAAAGAAAUUGGUAAUUUCUCAACGAAGCUUAGUGAAAUUAACGCUACUGAAAACCAUCAAGAAAGUCAUGAAAAUAGUGCAAUAAACAUUUUCUCUAUGAGUCCAGAAGAUACUACGAUACCGAAUGAGCCAGCUACAGUAAUUGGAUUAAAUGAAGCAACUUCUCAAAUGAACAGCGAAAAUCAGUCUGAGAUAGAGAAGAAUAAUGAAAGUGAAACUGACGUGGUUCUUGGCAAAGAAUUUGUGAAAAAGGGUUCCCAUUAUAAUACAAAUGAGCAAGACUCAUCGAAUCCAGUUGAAGUACAUGUUAAGGAAUUCAGUGUCAGUGGUAAAAUUGAACAAAAUAAUGAUACAAAUAAUUAUAGCAGUGUGAAAAAUGAAGUGAGCCCCGAAGAACGGUAUAAUGAAAUAACUGCAAUAACAGAUGAUUUUGUUCCAAAAGGUUUUGGAAAAAAUGAUAUCGAACUAUCUAACGAAGAGAAAAAAAUUCAUAAGAUCUAUAAAGAUAAUAAAAAUAACAAUUACACAAAGUCAAAAGUUGAUUCUGAAUCAGCAGAUAAACUAUCGUUUAAGUCUUCUACAACGGCUCAAACUGUGGAAGUUAUUGAUAAACGCGUUGAAGAUCCAAACAUGACUUCUCAAAUUCCAAUUUUGCCAAUUGAAAUUCAGUCAGAAAUGUCAACAACAGAAAAUAGUGACAAAAUGUAUCCUAAGACAAUAUCUCAAGAGACUGAAAAAGAAAUAUCAUCGACAUCUUUGCCGACAAAAAUUAUCAACACGGAAGGAAAAACAACCGAACAAAUUCCGAUAUUGCCAGAAGAAUUACAAACGACUAUGAUAAAUAGACAAGAACAUCAUACAGAAGCAACGUUAGCUGUUAUUGAAACGGAUAAUAAAUCUAAUGGAUUAGUUGCUGCCGGUUAUAAAAAGGAAGAAAUGAACAAAGAAGAGAAUAACUCAGAGUUCAAUAGAAAUAAUUCAACAAAUUUGACAGGAAUUGUAGAUAAAGAUUUGAUUGAAAAAACUACUAUUUAUAAUUUGCCAAGUGAAUCUCCUGUAAAAGAUAUCAUAAAACCAGUCUUCGAAUCAAUUUCAGAUGAUACGACACCGCAAAAUUUUGAAUACAAAUAUCUUCUUACUACCACUACAGAAAAGUCAGACACAUCUAAUGAUUUUGAAGAGAUGACAGAGGACCAAUUACGUGUUAUUCCUUUAGAAGAAAAAGAUACGUAUAUGUUAUCGCGAAAAUCAGAAGAGUCAACUAAGAUUAAAAAAGAAAAAGAAUUGAAUUUUAAUAUGCCAGCUGAUAAUGAAAAUGGAAACAAUGUAGAUAGAAAGAGCAGUAGAACGGUAGAUGAUGAUAACAUUCCAAAACUCAUAUCGGGAAGUUCAUCAGAUGUUGAUUCAAAUGCAGGAUUGAAAACUAUUUUUAUUUCGAACGACUUCAACGGCAGCAAAUCAAAAGUAAUAAUUCCGUCAAGUGAAAAAAAAAUUAACUCUACCGCUACAGUGAUAUACCCAAACUUUAUUCCAGUUUCAGAAGAAAUAGAUGAAAGUGAUUAUCAUUUCACAGAAUCGACUCAUUCACAACUUUAUAAUCGUCAUAAUAUUGCUACAGAUUUGCCAGAAUUGCUGUCGAAAGAUGUAAAAAAUAAUACUGAUCAAGACGCAGACCAAGAGCGAGCCGUGAAAGAAACUGCAACCGAAUUACUUCAAGCUGUCGAAAUAACGAAAAAUGAGAUCGAAGGUAACAGUAGUAAAAAUGUAGAAGAAACGACUACGGAAGACAAUAAACUGAUUGUCAGCUCUACGAGUGAGCCCAGUCAACCGGAAUUUCCAGGGAUUCCUGUAGCAAUUGUAACUUCAGAAGAAGAAAUACACAAGCAAAUUUUUUUCUCAAAAUGCAAAAGCGGUCAAUUCCAAUGUGUCAACGGAACCUCAAGAGACGGAUCUUACUGCGUUGACCUCUCCUCCACGUGUGACUCGGAAAACGAUUGUUCUGACGGAUCAGACGAAUUUGAUUGUGAAAAAGAAGGUUGUCCAGGAAACUUCCAAUGUGCGAGUGGUCAAUGUCUGAAACGACAUCUCGUUUGCAAUGGGAUUUCCGAUUGCGACGACGGCACCGACGAACGGGAAUGUUCGAAUUGGAAGUGCCACUCUGACGAAUUCCAGUGCCCUAAAGGAAGGUGCAUUCCAGUUUUAUGGCAAUGUGAUGGUCGGCCGGAUUGCGAAAAUCACGCCGACGAGUACUCGUGUUCGGAAAGCUGUGGCAACGACGAGUACCUGUGUCCUACGGAAAAAUGGUGCAUACCUCAAACUUGGCGUUGCAAUGAUGUAACUGAAUGUGUGAAUGGAGAAGAUGAAAAGUUGUGUGAGUGUGCCGUGGACCAGGUCAAAUGUGAAACUGGAGGCUGUAUUCCUGCUGAACAAUUCUGUGAUGGAGUUGAAAACUGUCCUGAUCGAUCGGAUGAAUGGAGCUGCCUCAGCGGUUUCAACAGAAAUUCAUCCAUCAGUACUGAAGUUGACAAAGAAAAUAAAGAGAAUGAAUUCUCGACCAAGAGUAGUCCUAUAAUGAUAAGGCAAUCGAACGGAGAGCAAAGGUAUAUUUGUUCUGAGGGGUGGACAGAUGCAUUCAGCGAUCAAUACUGCAGAAGCUUAGGAUUUGCCGCGGCAGAAUCGACGCAGUUUACGGAAGUAGGAACUGACAAAAAACUCCUUCAACUGAUGACGAAGGCCAAUCCCAACUCAUCGAUCGUUCUGAACUUAUCAAAAACAGAUUCUUGCAAUUCGAGUAAAGUUGUAGAAGUGUCUUGUCAAGAAUUUUCAUGUAGAUCCCAUGAGAGUGUCGGUCCCACGGCAAGAUUAGUUGGAGGAACACCAACAACUGAAGGACAAUGGUCCAGCGUGGCGCUACUAAAAGAACCAAAAUAUGGAACUUCAUGCACGGCUAGUAUCCUUAGUCCGAUGCAUGCUUUGGCAAGCUAUUCUUGCAUAUAUAGUAAUAGACAAAGUGGCGGAUGGCAGCUAUUUGUUGGCGGAAAUCUGUUGAAGCCAAACAAAGUCAAAAAUAUCGUGCCUUAUCCUCAAGUCAAAUAUAAUCAAUUUUUGUAUGACAAUGACAUUGUGCUCGUUGAACUGGCUGAACCUUUAGUAUUUUCAAGGAACGUCAGUGCUGCAUGCUUGCCAAAUCAAUCGUUCCAGCCUCCGCAGCUGUGUGUCACGGUUGGUUGGGGAUUCCCUGUGAAUGGAGAAAUAGACUUGCAGCAAUAUCUCAAAUUUUUACCGGUACCGACCUAUAAUUCAGAAGAAUGUAAUGCAACAAGCCAUUAUGCAGGUUUUAUUACGAAAAAUAAUAUUUGUGCCGGCUUUACCGACACAGAUAAGGGGCCAUGCUAUAAUGACGAGGGAGCGCCAUUAAUGUGCGUCAGUGAAAUUGGCAGGUGGGAAAUUCAAGGUUUACUCAGCCAUCAUAGUAGAUGUUCAAGAGGACAUCCUUCAAUAUAUUCAAGCCUGGCACCAGCUCUUUCCUGGUUAAGGAAUUUGGUGCCAGCAUUACAGGCACAUUAUUGAAACCAGAAACCAUGAAAAUAUUGAUCUACUUUUUGGAAAGCUAUAAAUCUUUGAUAGUAAAUUAUUCCUUCGCAUUUGCAAAGAGAAAGAAAAUUAUGGGAUAAUUUUGGAUUGUUUUAUAACAGUAUACUACAAAAUUAAAAUCUUUCAAUUCUCAAGUGCCAAAACUUUAUUGUUA